CCGUGAACACGAAAGACGUUGGUUUCUUUUCUACCGGUUUUAUUCUCGAGCUGCUAGCAUGCAGUUAGCUGUCCUGAUCGAAGCAACUUCUUAAAUUAGGCUUCCGUAGCUCACGCGGUGUCUAAAGGCCUGAAUAAGUCACUUCACCGUUGCUUACGUAGUCUGGAUGUUUUUAGUGUAUGAUCGAUCUUCUUUGAUACAUUAAUAUCGAUCUGUUCGAUUACAGGAAAGUAUUGUUGUUUGUAUAAGGGGAACAAGAGCUAGCUAGCUGUAUUAGCAUGUCAGAUUUGCUCAUACAGAUAUAUUUAGCUGCAUACUGCUAUAGCAGUGAUCAAUGUGUAAUAUGCGCUUGACUUUAUUUUUUUUAAUGCUGAAAUUAUCAUCAGGGAGUCAGGGUGUUUGAUGUAGGCACAUAACGUUAAAGCAUCGGGCUUCGAUCCGGUUAGGACAGCGCAUUUUUAGCAGCCCGCUGUCUGUAAAAAAGCUUCGUCUUUGUGUUGUGGAUCCGACAGAAACGCACAGCAGCCGGAGAUCCAAGCAGCACAUCUGAGACACGCUGGACUGCAGGUGUUCUGAUGUAAACAUCUCCCUCUACCUCACGCCACUUCCUCCCUCAAUCCCAUCGUCCUCCGAGAUAGCUGAACACUGUGGAACUGCUGUAAAAGUUGUGAUUCAGCAUGAUAGAGGAAUAACCUUAAUUUCAAAGUAUUCAGGGAACAGGCCUUUUCAGAAAGGAACUGAUAGUCUUUGACAUUCAGAAGCUGGUUGAAAACUCAUGGGAUACAAACAUGUCGGAGGUUGGAGAGCGUCGGCAAGUCAACACAGAUUAUGCCGUUUCUGUGCUGGAACAGCUGAAGUUUUUCUACGAGCAGAAGUUGUUGACUGACAUCACUCUGCUGGUGGAGGAAAGCGAGUUUCCCUGCCAUAAAAUGGUGCUGGCCACCUGCAGCUCUUACUUCAGGGCCAUGUUUAUGAGUGGGCUCAGUGAGAGCAAACAGACGCAUGUUCAUCUUAGAAAUGUUGACCCCAUUACGCUGCAGACCAUCAUAACCUAUGCUUACACCGGUAACUUAGUCAUCAACGACACCACUGUGGAACCUCUUUACGAGACGGCCUGUUUUCUUCAGGUGGAAGAUGUUUUACUGCAGUGUCGAGAAUACUUGGUCAAAAAAAUCACUGCUGAAAACUGCGUCCGUAUGCUAAGCAUUGGUGACCUGUUUAGUUGCACAGAAUUGAAGCAAAGUGCAAAGCGCAUGGUGGAGCACAAAUUCCCUGUCGUCUACCGACAGGAGGCUUUCCUGCAGCUCUCGCACGAGCUCCUGCUGGACCUCCUGAGCAGUGAUAAUCUCAAUGUGGAGAAAGAGGAAACGGUACGAGAGGCGGCCAUGCUGUGGCUGGAAUACAACAUGGAAGCACGCUCUCAGUAUCUCUCCUCCGUCCUUAGCCAGAUUCGAAUUGAUGCGCUUUCUGAAGUGACCCAACGUGCCUGGUUCCAAGGUCUUCCACCAAACGACAAAUCAGUGGUAGUGCAAGGCCUGUACAAGUCUAUGCCAAAGUUUUUUAAGCCCAGACUGGGCAUGACCAAGGAAGAAAUGCUCAUUUUUGUAGAGGCUGAACCGCCAGCUGAAAGCCACCCAGUCGUGAUAGGUCCACGUCACACAGUGGUCUGUUAUAGUCCUCAAGCGGAGAAGGUCUAUAAACUGUGUAGCCUGCCUGGAGACUUGCAGAAGGUUGGGACAUUGGUCACCCCAGACAAUGACGUGUUCAUUGCCGGUGGACAGAUACCACUGAAGAGCACUCUAGCUACCCACGGCAGCAAAAGUGGCAAGCUGCAGGCCGCCUACUGUUCGGUGGACAGCUUCUACUGGCUGGAUGCCCAGCAGAACGCAUGGGUGGCCAAAACGCCGAUGCUAUACGCUCGUACAAAACCAUCACUGGUGUAUUGUCAGGGUUUCAUUUACGCGAUUGGCGGUGAUAACGUGGGUGGCGAGUUGAAUAAGCGCACGGUGGAACGCUACGAUUGCGAGCGGGACGAAUGGAGCUUGACCAGCCCUCUUCCCUGCGCAUGGAGCUGGAGCACAGCAGUAACGGCCCGGGACUGCAUUUACGUCAUGACACACGACCUCAUGUACUGCUACUUCCCUCGAGCUGACACUUGGGUGGAAAUGGCCAUGCGACAGACUAGUCGCUGCUUUGCUUCAGCAGCUGCGUUAGGAGACCUCAUCUUCUAUAUUGGUGGUCUGCAUGUGGUGGGCAACUCCGGAUUGCGUCUGCCAACAAGCACUAUUGAUGGCUCCUCCGUUACGGUAGAGAUAUACGACGUCAACAAAAACGAAUGGCAUCUGGCUGCUAACAUCCCAGCCAAGCGGUACUCUGACCCCUGCGUGCGUGCCGUGGUGCUACUGAAUACGCUAUGCAUCUUUAUACGCGAGACACACCUAAACGAGCGGGCGAAGUAUGCUCUCUAUCAGUACGACCUGGAGCUUGAUUGCUGGUCCUUGCGGCAGCCCGUGUCAGAACGUGUGCUCUGGGACCUCGGCAAAGAUUUCCGCUGUGCCGUGGGUAAAUUGUACCCAUCCUGCCUUGAUGAAUCUCCCUGGAAGCCACCCACUUACCUCUUCUCUCCUGAUGGAGCCGAGGAGUUUGAAGUGGAUGAGGACAUGGUGUCACUGCCUCAUGUAUAGUUAAUGGCGUCGUCUUUGAAACUAACCUGUAAUUUAUCCACUGUUCUGGAAUAAUGCUCUUCUGUUUUGAGAGGAAAGUGAAUUAAGCUGAUGGACGUCUUCCCUUAAAGCCUAGCGUGCUCAUGGAGAUCAAACAUUUAAUUGGAAACUAAAAUGUCGAAUUCAAAUUUGGACCCAUCUCCGACACAUGCAGUUUUUAUCAUUCUCAUAGCAAGUUUGAGAACGUAAAUAUUUCAUUUCUCUCAUGAAGUUUGGCAUUCUGUUUUAACAAUUUGAUGGUGUAAACAAAUGAUGCGAUUAAACCUCCUUUGGUUGAAAAUGGCAACUGUACACCCAGAGUUUUUAUAUUUCUCACUCUUCUUUUGUCCAGUUCAUCUUUUAGAAAUCAAUUGCUCACCUUUCUCCUAAAUGUCAGAGGUUCAAAGGGUUGGCAAAAUAUUUUGUACUGAAUGUCAUUUGAUGUUUUGGUUCGCCGCUGGUUUGGUGACUUGCUUAACUGAUGAUGAUGUUUUCAUUGUUGUGUAUCUGUAUUAUCAUAGUUCACAUGUUCUCUGUGGUCUGUCUGUUGACCCGUCCUGGAAAUUACAUCCUUUGUCCUCUUAUAAGGGUAGGUUUCACACUUAGAACCACAAACACACUAGCGAUACCUCAGGGUGCUUUCCAGUCUGGUUUCCUACUCCAUUUAUUUCUCUCUCUCUCUCUCUCUCUCUCUCUCUCUCUCUCUAUAUAUAUAUAUAUAUAUAUAUAUAUAUAUACAGUGCACAGCAUAAAUAAGUACACCCCUUCUAAAACUUAACCAAUUCAGCAAUUACUCUUUACUUAGAAUAUGUGUUAAGAGAUAUAAUGUGGAUAUAUAAUGUUCCAACAAGCCUGCUUGAUCAAUUACCAAAGAAGAAUGUCAAAAUUAUUCAGCAAAAUAAGAUUUUCUUAUCAAAGUGAUAAAAUGUAUUGCAAAAAUGAGUACACCCUCCUGAAAUUGACUAAAUAAAACAAUAAUAAAAAAAAGUGUAGGUUUAAGGCUGUUUUUAAUCAAAAGGUAAGUAUAUUAAACCAAAACCCUUAAAGAGAAGUAAUUUCCUGACAGUUAAAAGUGUUUUAUAGCCUACUGAAUCAUACUCAGAUUUAAUGCUGUUAACAAUGCAACCACUUGGAAGAGAACAGCCAGGUUACUUAUUUCUUAGCGUAAAAGAAGACAGUGGUACAAGGGGAAUACCGAAUUAUUGUUUUAGGUGUGAAAAUGUAGCAGAAGUACCACCAACAUUCAAAAACAAUGGGAAUUGUGACACGGCUCCUGAGAUAAUCAGGUCUUCACUUUAAGUUUUCAUUUAGUGAAUUUUUAAUUAAAAAAAAGCCAGAGAAAUACCAUGCAAGUGUCUCAUAGCCGGCAAAAGCUAUGAAAAGAGUGACAGUUUAUCUCACAGAGUACGACGCAGCCUGCAGAAGUGUCAUACAUGGUUGUUGUUAUCACUAGAGUUACCUACUGUAGCCAAAGCACAAUAAACUCAUUUAACCUCUUCCAAAAUAUAGACUUUUGGGAAUCCAAACUCUGGAGACCAAGUCAAUCAUUUCGGAGUCAUAAGCAUCCAAAAUGCUCUGGUGUUGCUAGAGGAGGAGUACAGUGAGAAGUGAAGGUGUGAUGGAGUUGUGCUUUAUCAGUGCUGUCAUGAAUUCACACACCACUGUGUGAUGUAAUGCAAAAAAACUGAAACUGAAGAUGCUCCCCUCAUUCCGUGCAUUAUUGGGCAUUUUUUUGCAGUAUGACAAUGAAGACAUUCAUUCUCCCAAGGUGAAAAUCUUUCAGUGGACAUGUAUUUCACUCAAUCUUUACGCUUGUGAGCGGCUGUGGGAGAUUCUGUAUAGACAAGCUGAGCAAAACUCCCCAUUAAAGACCAGGGCAUUUAAGGAGGUCAUCCUCCAGGAGUUAAACAGGACAGAUGUGAAAAUUUGUCAUGAACUCAUACACUCAGUGCCAAGAAGGCUCAUAGCAGUUUACUUGGAGUUAUGGAGGACAUGUUAAGUACUAGAAUAUUAUACAUUUGCUGAAUUAAAUCUAGGGUGUACUAAUUUCUGCAAACCUUCAUUUAAACAAAAUUAGCUAAUUUACUUAUUUUACAGAAAAUAUUGGCAUAUAUUUUGUUGUUUUUAAGUAUAUGUUUAAUACAUGUAAAUUUUGCCAUAUUUAUAUGAAUUAUAUUGGUGAUCAUUAAGAAAAUACAUCUUAAAAUAGAAAAUACAUUUUAUAUUUAUUCAGAGGGGGUGUACUCAUUUAUGCUGUGCACUGUGUAUGUAUGUGUGUGUACGUAUAUAUAUAUAUAUAUAUAUAUACACACACACACAUAUAUAUAUAUAUAUGUACGUAUAUAUAUAUAUAUAGUUUGCAGAGGAACCUCUUUUUUUUUGUUGUUGUUUCUUUAGGCAUUUUGUCUCCAAGUUCCUGUGUUUGUCCUCGAUGAGACAAAUACAGGAAAUGCCUGCCACAGUAUUCAUUCUCCAUCAUGUUCAGAUGUAUGUAUGUUUAGAUACUGAAAGUGUGGAACUGAAUUGAAACAGGUUAAAAAAUAAAAUAAAUCAAGCUUUACUCUUGAGUCACCAUGAAGCAUCUUCAAAUGGCCCUUAGUUCUUUGCUGCCCUGGAUCAUAACGUUUGUUCUAAUAUUAUGGUUAUUUUUUUACUGGAAAAAAAAAAAAUCAUUAUUUGCUGCUGUGUUUGUGCAAUAGUGUGUACAAAGCUGUUCUUUCCUACCAAACUGAACCCUCACUACUAUUUGUAAAAACUUUUUAUGUUAAUAAUAAUAAUAAUAUUAAGCCUCAUUCUGUUUCUUGGGUCAUUUAGGUGAGGGUGGUCCAAAAACAUCAAGUUCACAUGGAUGGCUGACAGCAAAAAGUAUAUGUUCAGUGAAAUAAUUUAUUAUUUUAAAAAGAAAGAAACAAUAAUAGUUCUAAGUGUUUCUUUAACAACUAGGCUAUAAACACUAUGCAGAAGAGUGGAUGUUUGGUCUUCGUUUAUCAUGUGCAUUCAUUUAUUACUGUGGCAGUAACAAACCUCAAGAUGUUGUUUACCUUCAAAUUUCAGUGAAGUACAACAGUUGCAAAUAUUCUUGAUAGAUAGAAAUUGGU